AUGCUCUUCUCGCUCCGGGAGCUGGUGCAGUGGCUGGGCUUCGCCACCUUCGAGAUCUUCGUGCACCUGCUGGCUCUGUUGGUGUUCUCCGUCCUGCUGGCACUGCGUGUGGAUGGCCUGGCCCCGGGCCUCUCCUGGUGGAACGUGUUCGUGCCCUUCUUCGCCGCUGAUGGGCUCAGCACCUACUUCACCACCAUCGUGUCCGUGCGCCUCUUCCAGGACGGAGAGAAGCGGCUGGCGGUCCUCCGCCUCUUCUGGGUCCUCACGGUCCUGAGCCUCAAGUUCGUCUUCGAGAUGCUGUUGUGCCAGAAGCUGGCGGAGCAGGCUCGCGAGCUCUGGUUCGGCCUGAUCACGUCUCCGGUCUUCAUUCUCCUGCAGCUGCUCAUGAUCCGCGCCUGCCGAGUUAACUAGCCUGUCCGACGUGCCGGCGAGGGAGUGCUGGGCAGCUGGCAUGCCGGACCUCGGGCCGAGGCCCUACUUGCGCCGCACCAGAGGAGAGGGCCUGGUCUGAAGGCCACUCCUGCUUGUGCCCAGUUUGCUGGAUGCUGUUCAUGUCUGAGCUUGUUCCCUCAGUGAGGUUUAAAAAGAGCAGCCUUAAUCCCUAAAAUGUAUGUCCUGUUGUUUCAUGCUUUAGUGGGUAAUCCUGAACUGAGAUCCUGAGAAAGGUUCCGGGCCAGACCAUCCUGAGCUCCUCUAACAAUUGGAAACAAUCUAAGAAAAUUUCCUGGUGGACUCUGAGUAUUUUCCAUGGAUCCUGGAAAUGUACUCCUGUACAAAGGCUGCAAAGCUGGACUCAGGGAUUUCCUUCAGCCGGCGGUGCUGACCUAAGCUCUCACUGUUACAUCUAUCCAGACCAGACGACGUUAGAUGUCCUUGUUAGAUCUAAAAAGUGUCAACGAGUUUGUAUUUCUGCCCUUGUGCCGCAGGAGAGAAUGACCCUUUAUUCAUUCCAGUCUAGGCAGAGACGGAAGAAUGUUGAAUAAGAGCACGAUUGGGCCUAUCUGGUUAUCUGUCGCCUGAGAAAAGAACUCUGCUGUUCAGGCGCUGCUUGGCUUCCUACCCCUGCAAAGACUGCGGUUUCACGGACUUUUUCACCACCUUGUGGCUGGCGUUAUUAGCACACUUGAGACCGACUUAAGCCUCCCUAAGGGACUGAGGAGAGGAACGAGUGCUCUGAUACUCAACAGACAUUGAGACCUACAAAUGGGAAGCUUGUGAGUGGCCCAGCUUUGCUGGCCUGAGGUGUUUGGUCUGAUGCCAGUCAGGUGCCAAAUGAGAACAUUUGCUGAGAUGAAAAUAAAGUGAGGGAAUGUUUUCCUGAAAUGCA